AUGCCUGAGUUUUGCGUCACCGGAGGCACUGGUUUCAUAGCAGCUUAUCUUGUUAAAGCCUUGCUAGAUAAGGGUCACACAGUCAGGACUACAGUAAGAAAUCCAGAUGAUUUGGAGAAGGUUGGUUAUCUGACUAAAUUUAGUGGAGAUAAAGAGAGGUUGAAGAUUUUGAAAGCAGAUCUGUUGGUGGAAGGGAGUUUUGAUGAGGCAGUGACUGGUGUUGAUGGUGUCUUUCAUACAGCAUCUCCUGUGAUUGUUCCAUAUGAUAACAACAUUCAGGCUACUUUGAUUGAUCCAUGUAUUAAAGGAACUCAAAAUGUGCUGAACUCGUGUAUCAAAGCAAAUGUGAAACGUGUGGUGUUAACAUCUUCUUGCUCUUCGAUAAGAUACCGUGAUGAUGUGCAACAAGUUUCUCCUCUUAAUGAGUCUCAUUGGAGUGAACCGGAAUACUGCAAACGCCAUAAUCUGUGGUAUGCAUAUGCAAAGACUCUAGGAGAAAGAGAGGCUUGGAGGAUUGCAAAGGAAAGUGGGAUUGAUCUUGUGGUGGUUAACCCUUCUUUUGUUGUUGGUCCACUUCUUGCACCACAACCAGCCAGUACAUUGUUCAUGAUACUAGGCAUCAUCAAAGGUUUGAAAGGAGAUUACCCGAACAAAGGCAAAGACAGAUGGAGAAACACCGAACGAAAUGCACGCCAUGCUAUGACGUACAGAAGGCAAUUCAACAUAGCAAAAAGGGAAGAGGAAACCGAAAUUGAUGAAUAUGAGGAAGAAGAUACCACAGAUUUGAUGAGGCAUAGGCCUGUGUGA